AUGUUGUUGACCACGCCGAUCCGCUCCAAUGCGCUCGGGUUCACGCUCUGCGGCGAGAUGCUUCGCGUGUACCUGGUCAACGCUUACGGUGUGUUCGCGACCGAGACCCGGGACUUUCGCACAGACACGAACAAGCACCUCCUCUCGAGAGUUCUUUUACACCUGCUCGAGCUCGACGACCGCGACUACGGCGUACUGGCCAGUACGAGUGACGUCGACGACGUGACCGGCAAGUUCUCCAUCUCCGACAAGUUCUUGCCGCCUCGCGUCCACGAUUUCGACUCGGAUCUCGGCGCCAUCGAGCAUCUCGACAUUCACGCGCUCUUGUUUCGCCGUCGAAGCAGCUUCGAUCGAGCCACGUCGGCGUUUCGCGUCACGGCGACUCACGCCCCUGUCGGCUCCGCCUCCGCCAAGUCGUACCCGUCACAAUGCGAGUAUGGCAUGACCGUGGCUUGGGUUGAACAAAGUCGACUCGCCGGAUGCCUCGACCUGCGCAAGAAGAUGCACGCCGCCCCACGCUCGGAGACCCAGGGGCUCAGCCGGAUCGUCGGCGUUCACCGCGGCGCUUUCCGGAUUCUCUCCGACUUCCUUCCCGACGACGAGGUGUUCGAAGGCAUCGAACCCCGUGCGCUUGAAGUCGUCUUCUUCGAAGAGUGUUACUCCACACUAGACUCGGUCCAGGAUACCGAAGCCAUGGCUCGCGUCGUGUUGGGCGUCAUUCACGGUAAGCAUCCCAAGACGACGAGUGCGGCUCUUGGGGAUUGUCCCUGA